AUGACUAACUCACCAAACCGGGUACGGAUCCACACUCGGAUCCAAAUCCAAAUCUCCUUCGUCUUCCUCCUUACCCAUUUCUCUCUAUCUUCUUCUUCUUCUUCCUCAACCAAAACCGAUGCAUUAUCUCUCCUUUCUUUCAAAUCAAUGAUCCAAGACGAUCCAAACAACAUCCUCUCAAACUGGAACCCUCGAAAAUCCCCUUGUCGAUUUUCCGGCGUCACUUGUCUCGCCGGAAGAGUCUCCGAGAUUAAUCUCUCCGGCAGUGGUCUCUCCGGAACCGUCUCCUUCAACGCUUUUACCUCUCUCGAUUCUCUCUCUGUUCUCAAACUCUCUGAAAACUUCUUCGUUUUAAACUCAACCUCUCUUCUUCUCCUUCCCUUGUCCCUCACCCACCUCGAGCUCUCUUCCUCCGGUUUAAUCGGAAUCCUCCCUGAAAACUUCUUCUCCAAACACUCAAAUCUAAUCUCCAUCACUCUCUCUUACAAUAACUUCACCGGAAAAUUACCGGAAGAUAUUUUCUUGGACAGCAAGAAACUCCAAACCCUUGAUCUCUCUUACAACAACAUAACCGGCUCGAUCUCCGGUUUAACCGUUCCUCUCUCUUCUUGCGUCUCCUUGUCGUUUCUCGACUUCUCCGGGAACAGUAUCUCCGGCCAUAUCCCGGACUCGCUUAUCAACUGCACCAACCUCAAAAGCUUAAACCUUUCUUACAACAACUUCGAUGGGCAGAUUCCAAAAUCCUUCGGCGACCUAAAAAGCUUACAAAGUUUGGAUCUUUCUCAUAACCGACUCACCGGUUGGAUCCCGCCGGAGAUCGGAGACGCUUGCGGGUCGUUACAAAACCUCCGGCUUUCUUACAACAACGUCACCGGCGUGAUCCCUGAUUCCUUGUCUUCUUGCUCUUUGCUACAGAUUCUUGACCUCUCCAACAACAACAUCUCAGGUCCGUUCCCAAACACUAUCCUCCGGAGCUUUGGAUCUCUUCAAAUCCUCCUCCUCAGCAACAAUUUCAUUUCCGGAGAUUUUCCGACUUCGAUCUCCGCCUGCAAAAGCCUGAGAAUCGUCGACUUCAGCUCCAAUCGAUUCUCCGGCGUGAUUCCGCCGGAUUUAUGUCCCGGAGCAGCUUCUUUAGAGGAGUUAAGAAUCCCGGAUAAUCUCGUCACCGGAGAGAUUCCGCCGACGAUAUCCCAGUGCUCGGAGCUUCGAACGAUUGAUUUCAGUCUCAAUUACCUCAACGGCACAAUCCCACCGGAGAUCGGAAACCUCCAGAAGCUCGAGCAAUUCAUCGCCUGGUACAACAACUUCGCCGGCAACAUCCCGCCUGAGAUCGGAAAGUUACAGAACCUCAAAGAUUUAAUCCUCAACAACAACCAACUCACCGGAGAAAUCCCGCCGGAGUUCUUCAAUUGCAGCAACAUCGAGUGGAUCUCCUUCACGAGCAACAGAUUAACCGGACAGGUCCCUCGAGAUUUCGGGAUCCUCUCCCGGUUAGCCGUUCUUCAGCUCGGAAACAACAAUUUCACCGGAGAGAUCCCUCCGGAGCUCGGGAAAUGCACGACGCUCGUCUGGCUCGAUCUCAACACGAACCACUUAACCGGAGAAAUCCCACCCCGGUUAGGUCGUCAACCCGGUUCGAAAGCUCUUUCCGGUUUACUCUCUGGCAACACAAUGGCCUUCGUUAGAAACGUCGGAAACUCCUGCAAAGGCGUAGGAGGACUGGUGGAAUUCUCCGGGAUCAGACCGGAGAGGCUUCUUCAGAUUCCGUCGCUCAAAAGCUGCGAUUUCACGAGAAUGUACUCCGGUCCGAUCCUGAGUCUCUUCACGAGAUACCAAACCAUCGAGUAUCUCGAUCUCUCUUACAAUCAGCUCCGAGGCAAAAUCCCAGACGAAAUCGGAGAAAUGAUCGCUCUUCAGGUCCUCGAGCUUUCUCAUAACCAACUCUCCGGCGAGAUUCCGUUCACGAUCGGUCAGCUCAAGAACCUCGGCGUCUUCGACGCGUCGGAUAACCGGCUCCAGGGUCAAAUCCCUGAAUCUUUCUCGAAUUUGUCUUUCUUGGUGCAGAUUGAUCUCUCGAAUAACGAGUUAACCGGACCGAUUCCUCAGAGAGGUCAGCUUAGCACGCUUCCGGCAACCCAGUACGCGAAUAAUCCGGGACUUUGCGGUGUUCCGUUACCGGAAUGUAAAAACGGGAACAAUCAGCUUCCCGCAGGAGAACCAGAAGAAGGGAAACGUGCAAAGCACGGAAACAAAGCAGCUUCUUGGGCCAACAGCAUUGUCUUAGGGGUUUUGAUCUCCGCCGCGUCGGUUUGCAUAUUGAUCGUUUGGGCGAUCGCGGUUCGCGCGAGGAAGAGAGACGCGGACGACGCGAAGAUGCUUCACAGCUUGCAGGCGGUUAACUCCGCGACGACUUGGAAGAUCGAGAAGGAGAAAGAGCCGUUGAGCAUCAACGUGGCCACGUUUCAGCGGCAGCUGAGGAAGCUCAAGUUCUCGCAGCUCAUCGAGGCCACGAACGGGUUCUCGGCGGCGAGCAUGAUCGGGCACGGCGGGUUCGGAGAGGUUUUCAAGGCGACGCUGAAAGACGGAUCUUCCGUGGCGAUCAAGAAACUGAUUAGGUUAAGCUGCCAAGGGGAUAGAGAGUUCAUGGCGGAGAUGGAAACCCUAGGGAAGAUCAAACACCGAAACCUCGUGCCGCUUUUGGGGUAUUGCAAGAUCGGAGAAGAGAGACUGCUCGUCUACGAGUUCAUGCGGUACGGGAGCCUCGAGGAGGUGCUUCACGGGCCAAGAACGGGAGAGAAAAGGAGGGUUUUGAGCUGGGAAGAGAGGAAGAAGAUUGCGAAAGGAGCAGGGAAAGGGCUUUGUUUCUUGCAUCACAAUUGUAUCCCUCAUAUAAUCCACCGGGACAUGAAGUCGAGCAAUGUCCUUCUCGAUGAGGACAUGGAAGCUAGGGUUUCGGAUUUCGGGAUGGCGAGGCUGAUUAGCGCGUUGGACACGCAUCUGAGUGUGAGUACCUUGGCGGGCACUCCAGGUUACGUGCCGCCGGAGUAUUACCAGAGUUUUAGGUGUACGGCGAAAGGUGACGUGUACUCGAUCGGAGUUGUGAUGCUGGAGAUUUUGAGCGGGAAGAGACCGACUGAUAAAGAUGAGUUUGGGGAUACGAAUUUGGUUGGUUGGUCGAAGAUGAAGGCGAGGGAAGGGAAACAUAUGGAAGUGAUCGAUGAAGAGCUUUUGCGUGUGGAAGAAGGUUCGGAGUCUCUGAGUGAGAGAGAAGGUUUCGGAGGGGUGGUUGUGAAGGAGAUGUUGAGGUAUUUGGAGGUAGCGUUACGGUGCGUUGACGAUUUCCCGUCAAAGCGGCCUAAUAUGUUACAAGUGGUUGCUUCGUUGAGAGAGCUUCGUGGGAGUGAAGAUAACAGUCAGAGUCACACUAACAGUUCGUAA